UUCAAUUUUUUGUUCAGGCUCAGACAAACUGGUGUCACUGCAAUCUUGGUCUUUCCUCUCUUUUUUUUCAUUUUUUUUUCCCUUACCAUGGGAAAAGAAAUUCCUUUAGUUUCGUUGCUCUGCGGAGUGUUAGGUCGCAAGAAAGCGUCAAGCCCGGAUGGCGAGACAGAGAAACGAGAAGAUAAUCCAGAUGGAGACGCCGCCCAAACAUCCCAAGAGCAACUCACGAAACCGUCAGCCGCCGAGAGUACGGAGGACCAGGCGAGGGACACCGCCCAACCAACGACCAACGAUCAGCAGGUACCACUACCACCCCCGCCUGGCCGGCAGCAGUACCUCAGAGCCGCGUCUUGCCAUCACCAGCCCGAGAGGUCCAACUCCAUGACCUCAAAGCUGGUGUCAAGCCUGAGCAUGAGGGUAAGCAACGGCAUGCCAGGGCGGCAGUUUUCCCGGCGGGAAGAGAAGCCAUGGAGCAAGGACAAGAAGUUGAAACCAGACGAUUCGCUAUGGAAAAAGACGAUAAUUCUAGGAGAGAAAUGUAGGGUUCGUGACGACGAUGAAGAUAACAUUUUGUACGAUGAGAAGGGCAACAAAAUUGCUGCGUUUCAUCAGAAAACCCAGAGCCCGGCCAUGUCUUUUUCACGGAAUACUACAGUACCUACAUGUACUACUAAUGAUCAGGAAGAAUUAUCAAGCAAAUAGGUAUAAAUUCAUUCCUAUGUUUUAUUUGGUUUUUCUUUUUUCCUUUUUUUUUUUUUUUGAUCACAUAUCCGUAGACGUAUGUAUAAUCCUUGUUAGACUGAAUUAAUUAUCCUGUUCAGUCUCCUUCUAAAAUUUAGAUGGUUAGUCCCAGAAAAUUAAGUGCAACGAUUGAUCUGC